AUGGUUGUUCCAGCCCUGUUUUUCUUUUCUCUCUUGGCUUUCAGUCAAGCAGCCAAUCCUUGCUGUUCAAAUCCAUGCCAAAAUCGAGGUUUUUGCAUGACAAAAGGUUUUGAUCAAUAUGAAUGUGACUGUACACGGACUGGUUUUUAUGGAGAAAAUUGCACUAAACCGGAAUUUUAUACUUGGCUCAGACUUAAGUUGAAGCCUUCUCCAGACACAGUACACUAUAUACUCACACACUUCAAAGGUAUAUGGGAUAUAAUCAACAACAUUCCAUUCCUCCACAAUGCCAUAAUGAGAUACAUUCUAAUGUCCAGAUCCCAUUUAAUUGAAAGCCCACCAACCUAUAAUAGCCAUCAUGGCUUCAAAAGCUGGGAAGUCUAUUCCAAUCUUUCCUACUAUGCUCGAGCUGUUCCACCAGUGGAUCAUGACUGCCCUACCCCAAUGGGUGUGAAAGGCAAGAAGGAGCUUCCAGAUUCAAAAAUGAUUGUAGAAAACUUCUUGCUAAGGAGAAAAUUCAUUCCUGAUCCUCAAGGCACAAAUGUCAUGUUCACCUUCUUUGCCCAGCAUUUCACUCACCAGUACUUCAAGACAGAUACUCAAAAAGGACCAGGCUUCACAAAAGGUCUUGGACAUGGGGUUGAUCUUAGUCACAUCUAUGGAGAGACUUUGGACAGGCAAAUGAAACUAAGACUUUAUAAGGAUGGAAAGCUAAAAUUUCAGAUGAUUGAUGGAGAAAUGUAUCCACCUACUGUGAAAGAAACUCAGGCAGAAAUGAUCUAUCCACCUCAUAUCCCUGACCACCUGAAAUUUUCUGUAGGACAGGAGGUCUUUGGCUUGGUUCCAGGGCUCAUGAUGUAUGCCACAUUGUGGCUCCGGGAACAUAAUCGGGUCUGUGACAUUCUUAAAGGAGAACACCCAGAAUGGGAUGAUGAACGACUAUUUCAGACUGCCAGACUAAUUUUGACAGGAGAAACCAUCAAGAUUGUGAUUGAAGACUACGUGCAACAUUUAAGUGGAUACCAUUUCAAACUGAAGUUUGAUCCAGAACUUCUCUUCAACCAGAGAUUUCAAUAUCAGAACAGAAUAGCAGCAGAGUUCAAUACCCUCUACCAUUGGCAUCCUCUUCUGCCUGAUACCUUUCAUAUCCAAAACCAAGAAUAUACGUACCAGCAGUUCAUGUAUAACAAUUCCAUUAUGUUAGAACAUGGCCUUUCUCACAUGGUGCAGUCUUUCUCCAAACAAAGGGCUGGAAGGGUAGCUGGAGGUAGGAAUGUUCCUGCUGUAGUGCAGAAAGUAGCUAAAGCUUCCAUUGAUCAAAGCCGGCAGAUGAGGUACCGAUCCUUGAACGAAUACCGAAAGUUCUUUAUGCUGAAACCUUUCACGUCAUUUGAAGAACUUACUGGUGAAAAAGAAAUGGCUGCAGAACUUGAAGAACUUUAUGGAGACAUUGAUGCUAUGGAGUUAUACCCUGCUCUUCUUAUUGAAAAGCCACGUCCCGGAGCCAUCUUUGGUGAGACCAUGAUAGAACUUGGCGCUCCGUUCUCCUUGAAAGGUCUUCUGGGAAAUGUCAUCUGCUCACCUGAAUACUGGAAGCCAAGUACUUUUGGGGGUACAGUGGGCUUUGACAUCGUGAAUACAGCCUCACUCCAAAGCCUUGUUUGCAAUAAUGUGAAGGGCUGCCCUGGCACAGCUUUCCAUGUCCUCAGCUCUGAAACAUUGGCAACAAAUAAUGUCAGUGCAUCCAGCAGGUCGAUGGAUGAAAUCACCCCUGCUGUACUUCUCAAAGAACGGUCAACUGAAUUGUAGAGGGGAGUGGGAAUCACUAUUGGUGUAUAUUUAUUUAUUAAUUUAUUUAUAUAACAAUAUUUAUUUAUAUUUCAAUCAAAGCUGCCAUGGAACUCUGUAUAUUUUCCUGUGCAUUGGCAUUUAAUUCAGGGCGUCUGACUUGAAGGGGUUCUUGCUUUGGUUCGCAGGACAGGUUCUCUUCAUUCCUCAUUAUAUCUUCUGUACCUCAAUGAGAUAUGUGAGAUAUUCCAAAAUGGAUCAAGGAUCACAGUUUUGCUGCUUUAAACACAACAAUUUGAGUGUGGUUUUUUUUUUUUUCAACAUGACAUUAUGAUGGUAAAGCAGGUUAAGUGUUAUUAAUUCAACACUGAAAAAGGGUUUAACUAGUUAACUUCUUCAAGAAGGGCCUUACCAAAUGAAUUGGAAAUAGAAAAGUAGGGAGUUAUGCACUUUUACAAUAUUGUUGACCAAAAAAAUUAUGAUAUGUCUAAACUGGACUCUGUUAACUGAUAGAAAAUCAGGGAGCAGAAAAUGAAUUUUAUAUGACAAACUGUAAGAUUUUGAAAACAGAAUUUUUUACAACCCAAUUUCAUUUCCUGCAUAGUCUUAUCUCAAUUAAGCAAAAGAAUGAUCCUCUUCCCUUAAAUAAAAGGCAUUGCUUUUUUAUUCAGUUCCUAUAUAUUGCCUUACCAAAUGAAUAGGAACAAGUAACCCCACCAAAAUACAGUUUGUUUUUUAGUGUUUUCAAAUCUGUCAUCCGAAUCCUUUUUUAUUUUCAGAAACUGAAAGAAAAUUGCCCAGUUCCCGUAAAACUCAACUUUUACAUUAAACAGUUCAAUAGUUAUCCAAUGAUCAGACAUUAAGUCAUUUUUCUCUUAAAUUUGCCAUCAGGUUUCCAUAGAGUAUGUGGUAACUCUCUUUUUAUUUUCCUAUAUCAUGGUGGGAUAGAGCCUAUCUCCCAUAGGGGCGAAGGUGAGUUCUGGAUAAUCCACUCUUGUUGGAUUUCAGCAUGAUUUUGAAAUCUAGAAUCUCUCUUAGCAUUGCACUUUAUGCAAAGAAAGCCAGUUCAACAUUAACACCUUAACACUACAUUUUGUGUAAUAUUAUUUUGAGUGUUCAAGUAGAUUAUAGAUUCUGCAGUUGACUUAUAACUUGAAAAAAUGCAGUUAUUUUGUAACAUGUUUGUUAAAUGUUAAAUAAGCUGAAGAAAUAUUGAAAUCUAAUAGCAUCUAAUACACUACUUGCUAAGAAUUUUAUCUUUUGGAGGGAAAAUAGUACCCAACUUUGAUAGUAUUUGUGGAGAUUCUUUUUGAAAGAUGAAAGGGAAAAAUAUUGCUGGCUGGAACAAGAAAUUCAGGAUCACCAAAGAGUACCAUUAGGGUGCUCUUAAUAAAGUCUUGUUAGUGUUAUAUCACUGUAACUUACAGAGUAGAAUCUCUAACAAAUUAUGUUGAACUAUUUGCAUUUUUCUUAAGACAAUACAGUCUUACUUAAAUUGGUCACCUAUGUAUCUUUAGGUUUCCUGUAGCUAUGAUUUUUUCUAGUUGUCUUUUCUUCAGCAACAUGGUUUCCUGCCCUUUCUUGAACUGAAUGUUUAAUAUUUUCCCUUAGUGCUUCUUCUUGAUCAGUGUUGCCUCUUUUUAUCUGUUUGUCUUUCAUUGCUUUGUUUGUUCUUCAUACCUUUUAUGCAGUACUUGUAUUAUAUAAAUGCUAUAUAACUGGUACUACACUGUAAAUACUAUGCUACAGAAUCAUGCUCUUUCUGCAUUUGUUCAAUGUAUUUAUCAAGCAGAUUAGUUUGCUUUUAUAAUAGGUUUCCAUUUCUUCUAGGGGAAAAAAAAGAUCCCAAGAAAACUAAUUUAUCUCAGCAAGCUGGUCUUGGUUGGGUGUUUAGAUUAUAGCUGCUUGAAAGCCAAGAUGUUGACUUUUUUUGUAUACGAUUAAAUCUGCUGGAUUUGAAGUGUAUAUUUAUUCAAUAUUUUUACUUAAUUCUUCCAUUCCCAGAACAUUUUAUAAAAACAAGAGACAAAAUAAUUCAGUUUAACAACUGAACAAUUUAAAUAAGUUCUAUGCAGGAACUUUUUUUUUUUUUCGAAUUGUAGCCAUUUUAAAUGUAUUAAUGAGAAUGAAUG